AUGCAGGUGCCGCAUGGCCAGACAGGGGCACAUGCGCGUGGUGAUGGUGUACCGAGACCAGACCAGGAACCAGGAACCCCUUUGCCGUGGCGUCUAGAUGUCAUUGGCCACUUCAACGGUGCCGAUGGCACUUCGAUUGCGCUACGAACCAGGUAUUGUCCUACACAAACCGAAUGUGGCUUGGUAGAAAUUCCCAGGCACCCAUGGAGGGUUCUCAAUGGAGGUGUGGUGCCCCGACGACCUGGCCAACGGAGGAGCGAGCUGAGGGAACGCCACACGGCGCCGAGCCUUUUAGAACCAGGUGUCGUCUGGCGCCAGCCCGUGCGGACGCCGCCUCUUCUGCAGCGAAGUGAAUUUGUGGCAUGA